GCACAAGUAAGACGAAUAGUGCAUUAGCGGGAUGCAGAUCCUCUCCGGCGUUUUAGGCUUGUUUGCCUUCGGAUGUUUUUGUCGACGCACUCGCAUAUAAGUACAUUCAUCAGCGCGCUUGUGUGCGCCUCUGACGACCGGCAGACUUCGAAGUUACCCUUUGAUUUUGAAGAGAGGACUCGCGAACAACGUUGGUGAGUGCACUGAUAAAUCGAGCAGAAGUUACGUAGAAGAUGCGAUCCUCGGCGACGAUUCGGUCGCCGAACUACAGGGACAUGAAGGACCCGGAGCUGUUGCGGUACGGCACGCCGGACAUGAUCCUGGUCACGCACGGCACGAAGUUGUACGUGCACAGCUCCAAGUGCGCGGCGUACUCGAAAGACAUCCAGGACCAGGUGCUGCAUCCCGACGCGUUUUUCGGGAAGAUGUUGGUGAUCAAGAACAACCGAUCGGUGAAAGCCGCGAUCGCCCUCCUAGACACCAUCUACAGCCAGCAGGUCGCGCCCAACGCGGACGUGCUCUUCGAGACCUGCGAAAUCGCGCAGGACUACGGUAUGGACCUGGUGCUGCAGAAGAUCAAACUCGGCCUGAUGAAGCGCGGUAGCGUCAAACCACUGCUGGACGCGCUCUACGUCAUGAAGCCCGAACAGCGCGUUCCGCCCGUGGUGCUUGAAGCCUACGCAGAGUAAGUUGCAUAACUUCUAAAAUCAAGUUCACCAUGUAGAAUAAUGUACAUGUUGCGUUUGGGUUUAUAUUAGUUUCUCAUGUGCUUGAUACGCUGAUGUGAUACUACAAACGGCAGCAUCUCUUCAUCCACUACUUUGCCUUGGCGCUCUCAUUUGUGGAAGCGAUACUCUGUCAGGGUGUAUCUUCUCUUUUGAAACUGCUUCGCUACAAAUGUAAAUCAGGUUCACGCUUGCGGAGACCAAAGUGAUGCUACGAUACGACGAGCUUCCUGCUCUGUUGCGCCGUCGGAUCGCGGAGACCAGGGUAAAGAUACUCGAGACGUUGCUCCGGACGCAACCCUCGCUUAAGCACGUGUAUGAAGAAAACAAGCACGUGUUUUUUCGGGAGGUCCCAGACGAGGAGUACACGGCCGAAGGAGCCAGUCCGACGCAGACUGGCCAAAGCAGAACCGCCUCCAAGGUCCGCUUCCAGAAUGAGGCCGAGCAGUCCGCCGCCGCAAAUGAAGCGCCGGGCGGCAUGCUGGACGGAUUCAAAAACGGAAAAAACGUACAAAAUGGCAGUGCAGCAAGCAACUACAAAGGGGUGAUGUCCGCCGCAACUUCGACCAGCGGGACCGGUGCAGCUGGAGCUCGAUCGUCGCUUAAAACUCCGGUCGGCGUUUUUCAAGAGGGUGACAUCACCGGCGAGAUGCUCCUGCAGAAAAGGUUCCUGGAAAGCACCACGGUGGCGGGUGGAGGUGGAAAAGGUGGCUCUUUAUUUUUCAACGACGCGGAUUUUGGAGGUGCUGGCAGUAGUACAAGGAGUAACAGAGUACUAGAUCACGACCUUGUAUCUCCAGCGGCCCGACGGCCUAGGGCAGGAACUGAUCCAACAGGAAGCACACUAGAAACCACAACAUUCGCAUAUUGAAGUCUUCAUCUGUGUGUCUGUGCUAUUGAGAGGAUGGGCUGCAGUUGUCGUCCGCAUGGCACACAACUGGUAGACGAGCGACGUGCGGCAGUUGGAACUGUGAG